AUGUCUCUAGUCUCUCAAUUCCUCUCCCAAAUACAGCAGCAAGUCCGCAGCCAGCAAGGCGAUCUCCUCCGGUCAUGGCUCCAAGUAGAGCCCGAGUCACCAAAGCAGUAUCACGACCUGGCAGCUGAGCUGCGUUCCAAGUUUAGCCGCCAGGAUGCCAUUGAUAAGAUUGUCGAGGAUCGUCUUCCGCAGCAGGACGACCUGCCAGAGGGACAGGCAACGUCGUGGCCGGGACUGUUGGCUUUUUUGAAGGACUACUUGACCUACUGGCGAGAUGUUGAUUUCUCAGACUUGUUAGGGGCACAUCAGCUUCUCAGCGGACUGGCAAACUCUUGUUCCACCGCGUUUGCCCAUCCUACGUACGGCUCAAUGCUGCUUCAAGUCAGCAUGUCCUUGUCUGAGACUCUUGCCCGUCUCACCAUGAACCUCAACCGCCGCCCAGAUCUCACUCGUCGGCUUCGCGUCGUGGAUGAUGAUAACCGCAAAUCCGUCGCCGAGUCUUCUGCUGAGAUCAUUCAAAAGAUCUUUACGACUUGUUUGACUGACAGGUCAGGCACUCGUACGAGUAAGCCAGAAGGGAAGCGGGUUGGUAUUUACAUGUUUGCCAAUCUUGUUCUCAAACUUUUGUUCGCGUGUCGAAGAACUCAACUAGCCAAAAUGAUCUUCGUCAACAUUGAGAGCAUAUCACCUCCGCUCUCGCUCUAUCCCGCCGCUCAGCGCGUCACUUUUCUCUACUACAUUGGCCGCUUCAACUUCUCCAAUCAGCAUUAUCACCGCGCUGCUCUCUGUCUACAAGAGGCUUACUUGCAGACUCCUCCACAGCUCGUCUCUCAUCGUUGCAAUAUUCUCACCUACCUCAUCCCCUCGAAUCUUCUUCUCGGGCGAUUCCCCUCGGACACACUUACAUCACGACCGGAGGCACAGUCACUAAAACCAAUAUUCCUUCCACUGUGUAUGGCCAUUCGCUCUGGUAAUUUUAUGCAGUUCCAAUCUCACCUUGCGGCACACGAAUCAUGGCUCUUAGGAAAGGGUCUUCUCUUACCACUCUCCAAUCGCCUUCGGCCACUUCUCUGGAGGAGUCUCACCCGCAAGACAUUUAUCCUUACAUACGUCCCUCCGACAGACGCUUCAUCCCGCAAAGCAGCAACUCUUGAACUCUCCCAUCUGCUUACCGUAGCAACUUAUGUUCAGCAUCGCCUCGAAGGCUGGCAGCCCUAUAACCCGCGCCUACGCGGUCAGCCAUCACAAGCCAAUCCUGUCUUCAUGAAAGCCCUUAAAAACAACAUUCAAUCCUCCCACGAGACCACUCUUAUGCCUCCCCCAAACGGCUCCCAAAAGUUGCGCCCUAACGAGGGGCUCAUAUGGGGUAACGCACAGGUCACCUACGAGGACGUUGAAAUGACAGUCGCCACGCUCGUCCAACAGGGUUUCAUGCAUGGUUUUGUUGCGCACAGCCAAGGCCGAUUUGCCAUCAUCGGGGCAAAAGCAAAAGGCAGCCCUGUACUGGCUGGAUGGCCAAAUGUUUGGCAGACGAUAAAAGAGAGGAGAUAUGAUGAUGACUUUGAUCUGGAUCAGGUUCCUGGCUGGGUGACAUUAUGA